AUGACAUCGAAUGGUGAACCACAACCAACAUCACAUGUUGAUGAGACUGGUUUGGAUGAUUUUGACAUUGAUAAAUUUAUUUCGAGCUGCUCGGUCUUUCCGAACCCUUCUGAUAGUGACAUUUCAACCGAUCUUCAGUUAAAUAGCGAUAUCGGUCAACGUAGCAUCAAUACUUUGAUAAAUGCAGCUAGUGAUCCUCGUGUUACGAAUACUGCCGAAACGCAAUCAUUUCAAACACCAACUAGCGCCGAUGAUUUUUUUGACAUUCUUGAUGCUUGUAUAAACGAUGAACAAUUUCAACAAAGAUUGCUCUUCGAACAGACUGAUGUUGCCGAGAUUCUCGCAUCACAACCAGCAUCUGUCGGUGUUGGUAGUUCACCGGUUGAAGCAAAAGAAAAUGAUAAUUCGUACAAUGCACAAGCUUUUCUUGACCAACAACAAAAUAUUUUCCAGACAGCGGCAUCCUCACAAAAGAAGAAGAAUCGACAACCAUCGACAACAACGUGUGCUGGUCCGAUUGAUGAGUAUUUAGAUUACAGCGGUUGUCAGCCCUGUGCUUCAGUACAGGUAUACAAUGAUUAUGUAUAUCAACAACAAACCAUCGAAUACGAUACAUAUGAGACGAAAAAGAUCCAAAUCAUGGCCCAGCCACGUCAAAAGUAUCGUCCUCGAACGCAAAACGAAAGUCGAAACUCAUCACAUUAUGUUCGAUGUGAAGAAGGUGUAACACCAGAAUAUCCAACCAUAGCAAUUCCAUCGGAGUGGAAUUUUCAAGCAGAUGUUAAUUUCAUUGAGAUCGCUUGGGUUGGCAUCGAUAAAGAAAUGCAUCCGUAUACAUUAUACAACAAGAAUAGUUUACCCACGCUUGAAGAUCACGUGAUGAUCUUUAAACAACACGAACCGAACAUACUCUAUUUUCGGUUGACGAACGAAGAUUUCCGUAAUGGGUACAAAACAUUUAUGCUUGAAUUGAUUAAAAGCAAACAAGAUGAAGUCAUUACUAAAGAACUAAUAAAAGCGCGACAAUUGGACCAGUCAAUGCUUCGUUUCACACGAGUUUUUCAAUUGGGAAAAGGUGAUUACCAGCGCGAUGAAGGUAGUGUGGAAUAUUCGAGCAUUAUGAUGGAAGCUUACGGGGAUGUUGACAUUGAGCAUAUGGGACCACGAUGUGGGCCGAUGAAAGGACGGGAAAUGUUGUAUAUGGUUUUCAAAGGCCGUUUUUCCAAGGCUGAUUUGAGAAUUGAGAUAAAUGAACCAGUUACUGGUUGGCGCCAUGUCGUGACAAGCUUUACAAAAAAUGGCAAUGUAGUCUAUUUUCUCAUGCCCGCUUUUCCUCAUCCGCAAUUUGACACGAUACGGGCAAAUAUCGUCGUCUUCUGCAAAAAUGAGGAAUUAACCCAAACCAUAUAUCUAUACAAAAAAUCGUUGGAUGAAGAAUUUGCUGAACUUCGCCUGAAUGAUUCAUCACCUACAACAACAGAUGAAUCGUUGCCGUCAUCAUCAUCAUCGUCGUUCUCAGACAGCUUCAAUCCUUUUGAUUUUCUCACGGGAACCGGUAUACUUGCAAAUACGGCAACGCGCAAAUCACCGACUACCAAACGUACAACGAAACGUUUGAUUCACUAA